UUCCAUAAAUAAAUUAUGUAAGAAAAAUUAAAAUGAACAAAACUAGAUAAAGUAGUUUAUUGACAAUUUAAUUGAUCCUUAUUUAGAGGUUUUAUUCUCAUAGAUUGCCAAUAGAAAAAAAAAUUAAUUAAAGAUUUUAUUAAAAUUUAAAAUAAUAUGUAAAUUUUUGUUAAAACCCUUACGGGAAAGACCAUCACUCUUGAUGUUGAGCCAUCAGACACAAUUGAUGCAGUCAAGGCCAAGAUUUAAGAUAAAGAAGGAAUUCCUCCUGAUUAAUAAAGAUUGAUUUUCGCAGGAAAGCAACUUGAAGACGGAAGAACACUUUCAGAUUAUAAUAUUUAAAAAGAAUCAACUCUCCAUUUAGUAUUGAGAUUAAGAGGUGGUGGUAUGGAACCAACAAUUGCAGCAAUUGCCAAAAAGUAUAACGUUGAAAAAAAAAUCUGCAGAGUUUGCUAUGCUAGAUUACCACCAAAAGCCCACAAUUGCAGAAAAAGAAAGUGUGGACAUUCAAACUAAUUAAGAAUUAAGAAGAAGCCUAAGGAUUGAUAUAAUAAUGAUUAUUAUGAAUAAGUACAAUAAUACAAUAAAUAUGUUUAAGUUCUUGUUAAUUUAUCUAUAUUAUUUUCAAGUGAAAUAUUCUCUAUAUGAAAGGAUUUUCGAUUAAUUCGAAUUUUUUUUUUCAUCUUAUAACGAUUAUGUAUUAUUU